AUGGCUAACGCUUCUUCCGCCACCAACGGAUCCGGCACUGCUAGCGGUCCGACCAAUCCACCCAAGAAACCAGAAUAUGCGCUAAAGUAUACACUAUCUGGGCAUACUAAGGCAAUUUCAUCAGUUAAAUUUAGCCCUGAUGGGGAAUGGUUAGCCAGUUCGUCUGCUGAUGCUACCAUUAAAGUCUGGGGUGCCUACGAUGGCAAAUACGAAAAGACCAUGCAAGGACAUAAAUUAGGUAUUUCAGAUGUGGCCUGGUCAUCAGAUUCGAGAUUACUUGUAUCUGCUUCCGAUGACAAGACGUUAAAAAUAUGGGAUUUUCCAACGGGAAAAUGCCUUAAAACCUUAAAGGGACAUAGUAACUAUGUCUUUUGUUGCAAUUUCAACCCUCAGUCUAAUUUGAUCGUAUCUGGUUCAUUUGAUGAGAGCGUUAGAAUAUGGGAUGUUAGAACAGGAAAAACGUUAAAGACUUUACCAGCCCAUUCCGACCCAGUCUCCGCGGUUCAUUUUAAUAGAGACGGAGCUUUAAUUGUUUCUGGAAGUUACGAUGGAUUAUGUCGAAUUUGGGACACUGCUUCUGGUCAAUGCUUGAAAACUAUCAUUGACGAUGAUAAUCCUCCUGUUUCUUUUGUAAAAUUUUCACCUAAUGGCAAAUAUAUAUUGGCCGCUACUUUGGAUAACACACUUAAGUUAUGGGAUUAUAGUAAAGGCAAGUGCUUGAAAACUUAUCGUGGUCAUAAAAACGAAAAAUAUUGCAUUUUUGCCAGUUUCUCUGUUACUGGUGGCAAGUGGAUUGUUUCGGGCUCAGAGGAUAAUAUGAUAUACAUUUGGAAUCUUCAGUCGAAGGAAGUAGUUCAGAAACUUUCAGGACAUUCUGAUGUUGUAUUAUCGUGUGCAUGCCAUCCGACGGAAAACAUUAUUGCUUCAGCAGCGUUAGAGAACGAUAAAAUGAUAAAAUUGUGGAAAUCUGAUGUUUAA